AUGUCGACGUCUGUGAUACCCCCUGAGCGUCGACAACCGCACCCUAGUCCGGCCGCCAGCACGUCAACGCCACACUUCGAGGACCACAAUGCGACACAGCACCGCGCGAAGAAGGCCAAGACGAAUUUGCAGUCUUGGGAGGAGAAGAAGCGCCUUCACAAACUCAAGAAGAAGGAGCGCAAAGAACGGAAAGAACGCAAAGAGCUGAAGCGAUUGCAGAAGCUCGGAUGGCUGUUGACUGGACAGUCCGCGGUCCCGACACCCUCACCCGAUCGACAGGCGCAGAACAGACCACGCAGCGAACUCCGCGGCACCAGCGAGGUCACUGCCAGUGAACCCAGCGGCAGCCCCAGCAACAGCAGCGAUACCCGGAAUGGCCUCUCCCCCGCCGUCACGGGUCUCGAGGCAGGCAUCGAGGAACCGCUGAACCAGCUCGAGGUCACGCGCACCAGCGUGCUCCUCACAUCGACGAGUGCGCCCCACUUGUCGCCCCGUACAGGCAGCACUCCGGCGCGUGCAUCUCCCUUGGCACGCAACAGCUCAACGCCCGCCUCGACCGAACCGAUCGUCAUAGCGGACGACGAUGACGACGAGGCACUCCCGGAACCGCCGUCGAACGCACCACCGAUACCUGUCCCCGACUCACCGAUCGCGACUGCUAGGCCGUCAGGUUCAUCUGGUCUGGUGUCGGCUCCACCCCCAGUCAGCCCCGAACAGGCACGACGACGAAGGCGCCGUGACCUUCCCGUGCCCGUGUCUACUGCAGCGGAACCGAUCGUGAUCGAGGAUGAGGAGGACCCCGACCUACGCCUCUUGUCCGCCACUCGGCCCACGGUACCGGUGGUGCGCCAGCGAUCUCGUGCGGACGAGCGCUUCUGCGAGCUGUACUACUAUGGCCCCCGCAGGGCACCAGUGUACGAGAAGAUCGAGGGUCUGUACGGUCUUGACGAAGUGCUCGUCGAGGGCGGCGAAAGGCGGAUUGCUCGUGGACCGCGCGCAGUGGGUAGCGGAAAAGGUUUUGGGCUGCGCGCGACGAGCGAUAUCAAGAACGGGCAAGUCAUUGUGCACGAGUCGCCGCUUCUGAUCGUGACCGACAGCGACAUCUCGGGCGUCCCCGCACUGUUCGACGCGCUCAGCGACGAGGAGCGUCGUAUCUGUCUCUCCUUCCCUUGGACGACUGAGUCGGAGGACCCGUUCGUCGGCAUGAUCUCGACCAAUUUCAUUCCGCACACGGGGCCGAAUGGCGAGGACCAGUCCGCCAUCUUCGAGUACAUCUCGCGCACGAACCAUUCGUGCUGUCCCAACUCUCACUGGUACUGGGACAAUGAAGCGCAAGAGCGAUACCUCAUGGCGCUCCGUGACAUCAAAGAGGGCGAAGAGAUCAGGGCAUCCUAUGUGGACGAGUUUGACCUGCUCAACUCGCGUGCGAAGCGGCGGCAGAUCUUGCGCGAGCUGCACGAGUUCCACUGUCUUUGCCCCGGGUGCGAUGUCGACGUUGUCACGGGGCGUCAGUCGGACAAGAACAGGAAGCGCAUCAUGGACCUGCUCGUGCGCUGGGAGAGCGUCCGUACGACGCAGGGUAUCAACGUGCUCGCGUGCGAACCAGGCAUAGUCGAAGAAAUCAGCAGCGUCGUCCACCUCCUUAAGAAGGAGAGGAUUGAGAUACACCUGGACUAUCCCAUCGAGAUCCUGUUCCAGAUUCAUGCGGCUUAUGGGCGCAGAGAGCUCGCGAGAGACACGGCAAAGGUUCUCGUGCAGACGCUAAGGCGCAAGGCGGGGCGUAGGAGUAAGACGUGGGAGGAGAUGAAGUGGGCACGUAAUCCAGAGAGCUGGCACGGUUACGGAUCGUUAUUAGUUGAAAGCUAA